AUGAAGUUCUGCUCUACCAUCGCCCUUGCGGCUCUCACGCUUCUCAACACCGUUCGCGGUGAUGCUGUACCAUGGGAGCGUAUCGACAAAGACGAUGCACUACUCCUGAUUCUCGACUUGCAAGUCGGCCUUUUCCAACUCGCUAGAGACUGGGACCCGACCCUCUACAAGCAGAACAUCAUGGCUCACGCGGAAAUUGGCAAGGUCUUCGACAUCCCAGUCAUCCUGAGCACAUCUGCCGACCAAGGUCCCAACGGUCCUUUGCCCAAGGAAAUGUUGGAGAUGUACCCCGAUGCGCCCCUCAUUAGACGUCAAGGCGAGGUCAACGCCUGGGACAACGAGGACUUCAAGGCCGCUAUCCGCGCCGCAAACAAGACCCAAAUCAUCGUCGGCGGCAUCACCACAGACGUUUGCACCACUUUCCUCGCCCUCUCCCUCCGCGCCGAGGGCUACUCCGUCUUUGCCAACGUUGAAGCCAGCGGUACUUACACGGAGCUCGUACGUGACACAGCAAACGCACGCAUGCAACAGGCUGGUGUACAGCUCGUCUCGCUCUUCUCUAUUGUGUGCGAUCUGAUGAGGGACUGGCGCAACACCCCCGGUGCGAAGGAGUUGCUCCCGUACUUGGACAAGUACCUGCCCGUUUACGGAAUGGUGGCUCGAGGACAUGCAGCGGCUGUGGAGAAUGGAACGAUUCAGCCGGGACAGCUUGGUCUCAUUUCUAGCAACAAUGGGUCGAUUAUUUUGUAG